CGCCCAUUUUUCCUCUACAGCAUGCGCGUUCAUCUUUCUGCAUAGGCCCCGCCCCAGUGGUCGGGAUGGGGCAACGUCAUCAGGGAGCGCGGGGAAGAGGCGCUGCGAUCUAUGAAUAAAGAAUGGCAACAGCUUCUGUUGAGAUACGUGGUACCCCAGGCCCUGGAAUCUCCAAGUUGCAGUUUGCUCCAUUCAGUAGCGCCUUAGAUGCUGGAUUCUGGCAUGAAUUGACUCAGAAAAAGCUUAAUGAGUAUCGCCUGGAUGAAGCACCAAAGGACAUUAAGGGUUAUUAUUAUAAUGGUGAUUCAGCUGGCCUGCCAGCACGUUUGACUUUGGAGUUCAGUGCUUUUGAUAUAAAUGCUCCUACUCCAGCCCACUGCUGUCCAGCCAUUGGAACUUUAUUUAACACGAACACCCUCGAGUCCUUUAAAACUGCAGAUAAGAAGUUGCUUUUGGAAAAAGCAGCAAAGGAGGUUUGGGAAUCAAUAAAAUCAGGCGCUGCUCUUGAGAACCCUGUACUCCUUAACAAGUUCCUGCUCUUGACGUUUUCUGAUCUAAAGAAAUACUACUUCUACUACUGGUUUUGCUACCCUGCCCUCUGCCUUCCUGAGGGUGUACCCCUCCUUCAGGAACCAGUGCGUUUGGAUCAAAGGUUUUCUCCAAGCCAGAUUCAAGCCCUUGAAUGUGCGUAUGAUAAUCUUUGCCAGGCAGAAGGAGUCACAGCACUGCCUUACUUUUUAAUUAAAUAUGAUGUAAACUCUGUCCUGAUCUCCUUGCUUAAACACUGCAACGAUUUCUUCCAAGAUCAAAGGAAAAAGAUUACAAUUGGAGUAUAUGAUCCCUGUAAUUUAGCACAAUAUCCUGGAUGGCCGUUGAGGAAUUUAUUGGUGCUGGCAGCAUACAGAUGGAGUGACCGUUUCCAGUCAAUUGAAGUUCUCUGCUUCCGAGACCGGACACUGCAAGGGGUAAGGGACAUCACCCACAGCAUCAUCUUUGAAGUCCGACUUCCAGAACUAUCAUAUAAUUCAGAUUGCCCAAAAGCCGUUGGUUGGGAAAAGAACCAAAAAGGAGGCAUGGGCCCAAGGAUGGUGAACCUUAGUGAAUGUAUGGAUCCCAAAAGGCUGGCUGAGUCGUCUGUGGAUCUGAAUCUUAGAUUGAUGUGUUGGCGGUUGGUGCCUACUUUGGAUUUGGACAAAGUUGUGUCUGUUAAGUGUUUGCUACUUGGAGCUGGUACACUGGGCUGCAAUGUAGCCAGGACAUUAAUGGGCUGGGGUGUCCGGCACAUCACCUUUGUGGACAAUGCCAAGAUCUCAUAUUCAAACCCCGUCCGUCAGCCCCUCUAUGAAUUUGAAGACUGCUUAGGAGGAGGAAAGCCCAAGGCCCUGGCUGCAGCCGAUAGGCUGCAAAAGAUCUUCCCAGGAGUGAAUGCUGCAGGAUUUAACAUGAGUAUCCCCAUGCCGGGGCAUCCCGUGAACUUUUCCAAUGUCACCAUGGAACAAGCCCAAAAAGAUGUGGAACAACUUGAGAAGCUCAUCGGGGACCAUGAUGUGAUUUUCCUUUUGAUGGACACAAGGGAAAGCCGAUGGCUUCCUGCCGUCAUUGCAGCAAGCAAGAGGAAGUUGGUCAUCAAUGCUGCUUUGGGAUUUGACACGUUCGUCGUCAUGAGACAUGGACUGAAGAAGGCCAGACAACAGGGAGCUGGGGACCUGCAUCCUGGCCACAUCAAUGCCUCAGCUGACCUCGGAUCAUCCCUCUUUUCUAACAUCCCUGGCUACAAACUUGGCUGCUAUUUCUGCAAUGACGUUGUGGCACCAGGGGAUUCAACCAGAGAUCGUACCCUGGACCAGCAGUGCACUGUGAGCCGGCCAGGCCUGGCCAUGAUCGCAGGUUCCCUGGCAGUAGAGCUGAUGGUUUCAGUCUUACAGCAUCCAGAAGGGGGCUAUGCUGUUGCUAGUAGCAGUGAUGACCGCAUGAAUGAACCUCCCACUUCACUUGGGCUUGUGCCUCAUCAGAUCCGUGGGUUUCUGUCAAGGUUUGAUCACGUCCUUCCAGUCAGCCUGGCCUUUGACAAGUGUACUGCUUGUUCUUCCAAAGUCCUUGAUCAAUAUGAGAAAGAAGGAUUUAAUUUCCUGGCAAAAGUGUUUAAUUCUUCACAUUCCUUUUUAGAAGACUUGACUGGACUUACUUUGUUACAUCAAGAGACUCAAGCUGCUGAGCCAAUUGGACAUUGAAAAUGAAGGAAGAAAGAAGAGUUAAGGAAGAUGCCAAGAUUGUAAAUCUAAGUGACUAGAAGGAGAUUACCUCAGUAGAAAUAAGGAAGUUCAGAAGAGGAGUAAGUUGAGAGUGAGAGUGGUGACAAAAAUGAGUUCCGUUUUGUUAAUGUUGAGUUUGAGAUACCUGGAGAACAUCUAAUACAAUUAAAAGCAAUCAUUUAAGUUAACUUUUAAAACUAUUAAAGCUUUAAAACUGGACAACGACUUCUGAGGCAACCUGUGUAUGCUUAAUAAAAUAAUCUUAGAGUACAGGGGGGAAAAAGGGAACUACAAAGUACUUCUUAGAAAGAUUUUCAUUUAAAAAAAAGGUUAAUUUUUCUUCCCACAAACCCUAAUUGGUUAUAAUUUUUAUUGCAUCAUGAUCUGAAAAAGUUACAUUUUUUAUUUCCUCCCUUCUGCAUUUGGUUGUGAAGGUUUUGUGCCCUAUUAUAGGUCAAUUUUUGUAUAUGUAUCAUAUGCUGCUGGGAAAAAAAAGAUAUAUUUUUUUUUACCCCUAUUCAAUUUUCUCCAGAUAUCUAUUAAAUCUAACUUUUCUAAAAUUUCAUUCACUUCCUUUACUUCUUAUUUAUUUUUUGGUUAGAUUUAUCUACUUCUAGUAGGGGAAGGUUAGAGUCCCCCACUAGUAUAGUUUUACUGUCCUCCUACUGUUUUAUUUGCUCCUUAAGCUCCUUUAGUUUCUCCUUUAAAAAUCUGGAUGCUAUACCAUUUGGUACAUAUAUUUUAAGUAUUUCUAUUACUUCGUUGUGUAGACUAUCUUUUGUGAAGACAUAAUUACUUUCCUUAUCUCUUUUAGUCAGAUCUAUUUUUGCUUUAACUGUGUCUGAGAUCAUGAUUACUAUUCCUGCUUUUUUGUCUCAAUUGAAGCCCAAUAGAUUCUGCUCCCGCCUCUUAAACUUUACUUAUGUGUGUCUACCUGCUUCAAAUGUGUUUAUUUCUGGUUUUUAAUCCACUCUGUUGUCUGCUUCCAUUUUAUGGGUGAGUUCAUCCCAUUUACAUUCAUAGUUAUAAUUACCAUCUGUAUAUUCCCAUCCAUCUUGAUUUCUUCUUUUAAUCCUGCCCUUUCUCCUUUCACUCUUUCCCUUCACACACCAGUGUUUUGCUUUUAAUCACCCCUUCCUUUUGUAACAAUUAAAAUUAGUUUCUCUGCUAAAAGUAUUAUCUUUUUAGAGGUUUAUUAAAGAUUAAGAAAUAAAGAAAAUACAAAUAAGAAAGCAUGUGCAACCUACAUCUUGCCUGCCUAGUCGAGAGCCGCAUGUGCAUAGAAGUGGAAGCCGAGCGGGUGAGCAGGCGCUACAGUCAGUUUAAAUACCCAUUUUGUUCUCGGUCCAGGUGGGUAUCUCAGGUGGGAUUUGGGGGAAUUCUGGGAACUACCAAGGACUUCUGGGAAUUGCAGUCUGGAGUUCAAAUCUCCAUUUUUACAUUUCACCGUUUGAUACUUUUGGGAAAAGUUUCCCCAAAAGGAUCAUAAAAACAUAAUCUACUUAAAGAGUACAACAAUUUGAGGAUAAGAGGGAAAAAGAACAAAACCAAUAAUUGCUAGAUGCAUUGACAAAAAGCCAUUUAGGGGGCAGUCUCCUUUGGCAUGAAAGUAUAGAUACAAAUAAAUGUUCAAUCAACCACACCUAAAGUUCAUCCUUGAUUUUCUCGUGCAGCUUGUGGUCUGGAGGCAUCUUUAUGGUGUCUUAUCCAAACAGUUCAGUUUCUGGAUUCAUAGAGGUAGCAUGUUUCUUAACCUAAAAUUCUUCUCAAAAGGAAUUUAAACUUUGCAAUUAAAAUAAUAAUAUUUUUACAUUUACCCGUGAAGAGGGUGAUUGAAAAACACAGGAUCACUUGGGGAUGCAUGGCUGAGUUAUGAGGUAUAUGAAUCAUUUGGUAAGAGAAAUUAAAAAGACAUCAGAAAAAUCCAAAUAAAAAAGAAAAUUUCUAGAUGAAAAUAUAGACUAUCAAAGUCUUAUGUGUAAAAAUUCCAAGUAAAGGAAAAGUAAAUCUAUAACAGGUCCUUGAAUCAGGGCCCAAUGAAAAUGAUCUAAGCAAUGAUGCAUUUACCCAGUCAGUAGCCAGUUUGCCACACUGUGAAAGACAGAAAAGGGACUAGAUUGUAGGAGCCAAGUAGGAGCCAAGUUUGGGAUAGUCGUCUGUAAAUAUUUUCACAAAGAGUGUGGAUACAAGGAAGGCCUAUGUCUUAACGUAUGUUAAGCAUUGCAACCUUGAGUCGUCACACUAGGUUCAAGUCCUUUGUAUUAGCUUGGAAGUGCAUCAAUCCUUCCUUGAUUGGUUUCUCUUUGGCCCUGUGUAAUGGCUCUUUUGUAUAUCUUGUCCUGAAUUCAGACAGAAUCAUUAAGCAUAUAUAAUUCUUGUGUUUUUUUUUUAAAUAAUUAGUGGCAUUAUUUUUAUGGUCUCAAGCUUUUGGGGCAUGCUUUGACAUUAUAGCAAAUGUAUUUUAAACUUAUAUUAUUGCAAAAUCAAAAAGUUAAAGAAAACUUUAAUACUGGUGACAUGUGCUUCAAAUAUAAAAAGGAGAGAAAAAAUACUGAAAUAGUAUAUUGCACAUGCAAGAAAAAUAUAAUAAUAGAGUUUUAAAAAUUCAAAACUGUUGCUUAUAUUCAUUGACACACUGUGUCAGCUAAGAAAAUAUAGAAUACAACGCUUUCUCACCAAAAAUGAGAUCCAUUUCCUCAUCAUAUUUGGCCAUGAUCCACUGUGAGUACAAGUGAAUGAAUUUUACAAGGUUAACAGUUUUUUGUUUUUUUAUAAAGAACAGUAGUACAAAUAUAUAGGUAACAAUAUCCCCAAAAUUCUCAAUAGCCCAAUUAGUUACAAUAACAAACAAACACUAUCAUUUUUACAUAAGUUACUGUAUGGCAUUUUUAAAAGUCUAUAAACUGAUGGAUAUUUGUCACAAUUUUUACAAACAUAGCAAAUCUUUCAACCCUGGUAAACAUAUUUUUAAAUAAAGUAAAACUUAUUUCAGGUUUUGAACAUCAUCAAGAAUUCUAGAUCAUUCUGGUGGAAGUAAAGUGAGCUGAAGUGUUAUAAAUGAGAGAUGCUCCUUUUUUUCUUUUUCUUUUUCUUUUUUUUUUUUGGAGGCUUCUAGGGCUACAAUGCCCUGGGAUUAACUUCCCAAUUUCCAUUCACAUUUUUAUAAAUGUGGGAAUUGGGAAUAUAAUUGGUUUUCACUUCAGCUUCUAAAAUGGGCCUUACCUCUUGUUAGGGGCAGGUAAAAUGACCAGAGAUUGUUAAGAAAAAUUCUAAAAAUUAUGUCUAAAGAACCAUUAAAAUCAAUUUGAGAUAUUUAGCUCAUUAAAUUUUCCAAAGGUUGUUAUAGCAAUUUUCUGAUGGAGUCCAUCUAUCCUUUAUGUGACAAUUUACAAAGUCAAAAAUAGAAAAACUGUUUUUAUAUGGGCCUACUCAAUAAUGUUUGUUCAGUAUGGAUAUAGGGGGAAAGCAACAGAAUAUAACAGUAGUUAAAACCCAGUACAUUAAAUUGAUUCAGUGUAACAGAAUAGUAUUGAAUGCAGUAAUAUAUGAAUUUAAAAUCACAAAGUUAAACCUUAAACAAAACAAUCAGUAAAAUGCAAUGGAAUACAGAGAUUUUUUUAAAUAAAACAUUGGAUUCUGAAAUACCUUAAAAAUAUAACCUCUAAUGUCUUUAAAGUUCCUUGGUUUUUUAUCUAUUUAGAUGCCUAUUGUCAGAAGGCAGAAGAGUGGGAAGGGCUAGGCAAUGGGGGUUAAAUGACCUGUCCAUGGCCAUACCACCAGGAAGUGUCUGAGGCCAGAUUUCAGCCCAGGACCUCCCACCUCUAGGUCUUCUAUUUUUCUUCUAUUUUAUCAUUCAUGAUUUUGUUUUGAUGUUUCUUGAUGUCUCAUUAAAUCAUUAGCUUCUAUUUGCUCAGUUCUAAUUUUUAAAGAAUCAGUUUCUUCCAUGACCUUUUAAUCAUCCUUUCUUUUCCAUUUGGUUCAUUCUAUUUUUCAUGAAACUCUUUUCUUCAUUGGAUUUUUUUGCCUCUUUUUCCAAUAGGUCAGUUCUGUUUUUUACAUGGUUAUUUUCUUUUUUCAUUACUUUCAUUUCUUUUUUCCCAUUUUUCUUUGACCUGACUUAUUUGAUUAUAUAAUUCCUUUUUGAGUGAUCACUUUCUAUUUUUCUUUGAUGUUUGCAAGUGGUUGCUUAGGUCUCACCAUCCCCCAAUUGACUCUGAGUUUCACUCUUUGUUUCCAUAAAAAUUUCUAGGGUUAGGUGUUUCUUUUGCUGUUUGCUCAUUUUCCCAGCCUUUAUUUAUUUGUUUGUUUGUUUUUCCUGUGGAAUGGAAAUUCUGAAAGCUGAUGGCUCUAUCCCUUCUUCUGUAGACUUUCCAGGUUCUGCAUUGUGAGUUGUUUUACCCUAGUCUAGGUCUUCACCACAGUGCAGGUUUGAAAGGGCCAAUUGCUAUGGACUUCUAGGCUUCACUGCCAAGACUUCAAGAGGAGGGACUGGAGUGUGGGGUACUCUGUUUUUGCCAUAUCCAGGGUCCUGGGAUACUGAAGUUGACCUAUGCCCAGGCUCAUAACUUGGCACAAUGUUUGGCCAGCACUCCUCUGUAUGUAGUUUUGCUUCUGGUUUCACCUUAUCACAUGAAAAUCAGCUCUCUCUGUCUAUCUUUCAUGUUGUAUUCAGCAGGAGAACUCCCUCACUCUGUCUUGCUGUUGGUUUUUGACUCCUACUGUUUUGUUUCACUUUUUAAAAAUUGGUUUGGAAGUGGUUUCAGCUUUCAGUACUACUAAGUCACCAUCUUGGCUCUGCCUCCUCACUGAUAAAAAAAAAAGGUUAAUAGUUUUUAAAAGUUUGGACACUUUCUACAAUAAAAUAUAAGAAAUUUUAGUUAAGCACCUACUCUGUGCCAAGCAAUCCCUGUAAUAUGUACUAGGGUAGAUAAAGAUAAGAUAUUGUUCUUGUUCAAGGACCUUGAUGUCUGGUAGAGGAAUAAGACAGGUAACCUGUCAAUAUUAUACUUUAAAGGGUAAGUUUUAGUUACUUGGAAAACUUCUUUAUGUUGAAAACUAACUUCAAUCUGGGUGCAGUCCAAAAAAUAAAGUGUUAUGGGGAUCCAUAUUAGCCAAUAGGAUUUACUGAGUAUUAAACAUAUAUUUUAAAAUUUUAUUUAGAAUAUUUUCCAUGGUUACAUGAUUCAUGAUUCUUUUCCCCUUCCCUUCCCCCUCCCAAAGCUGACAAGCAAUCCCACUGAGUUAUACGUGUAUCAUUGUUCAAAGCCUAUUUCAGUGUUACUCACAUUUGCAGUAGAGUGACCUUUUAACAGCAAAACCCUAAUCAUGUCCCCAUUGAACCACAGUUCAAUCAUAUGUUUUCCUUCUUUGUUUCUGUUCCUACAGUUCUUUCUCCUAAGUUCCUCUGAAUUGUCCUGUAUCAUUGCAUUGCUACUAACAGAAAAGUCCAUUACAUUUGAUUGUGCCAUAAUGUAUCAGUCUCUGUGUACAAUGUUCUCCUGGUUCUGCUCCUUUCACUAUGCCUCAAUUCCUAGAGGUCUUUCCAAUUCACAUAGAAAUCCUCCAACUCAUCAUUCCUUUCAGCACAAUAGUAUUCCAUCCUCAUUGGAUACCACAGUUUGUUCAGCCAUUCCCCAAUCGAGGGACACCCCCUUAUUUUCCAAUUUUUUUGCCACUACAAAGAGCAUGGCUAUGAAUAUUUUUGAUACAGGUAUUUUUUCCUUAUCAUCUCUUUGGGGUACAAACCCAGCAGUGCUAUGACUGGAUCAAAGGAUAGACAGUGUUUUAAAGCCCUUUGGGCAUGACUCCAAAUUGCCCUCCAGAAUGGUUGGACCAGUUCACAACUCCACCAGCAGUGUUUUGUUUUACCACAUCCUCUCCAACAUUUAUUACUUUAUUUUAUUGUCAUAUUGACCAAUCUCCUAGGUAUAAGGUGGUACCUCAGAGUUGUUUUAAUUUGCAUUUCUCUAAUCAGGAGGGAUUUAGAAUGUGCUUAUUGAUAGUUAUGAUUUCAUCAUGUGUAAACUGCCUAUUCAUGUCUCUUGGCCAUUUGUUGAUUGGAGAAUAACUUGAUUUUUUUUGUAAAUUUGACUUAGUUCUUUAUAUAUUUGGGAAAUUAAACCUUCAUUUUGUUAUAAAGAUAUUUUCCCAGUUUGUUGCUUUCCUUCUAAUUUUGGUCUCAUUGGUUUUUUUUUUAAAUAGAAAAACUUCUUAAUUUGAUAUCAUUGUAGUCAUUCAUUUUACAUUUUGCAAUAUUCUCUAUCUAUUGCUUAGUCUUAAAUUCCUAUCUUUCCCACAGAUCUGACAGGUAUACUAUUCUAUUCCCCUAAUUUAUAUAUGAUUUCACUCUUUAUAUUUAAGUCAUUUACCCAUUUUGAAUUUAUCUUGGUAGAGAGUGUAAGAUGUUGCUAUAAACCUAAUUUUUCCCAUACCGUUUUCCAGUUUUCCCAGCAAUUUUUGUCAAAUAGUGAGUUCUUGUCUCAAAAGCUGGAAUCUUAAUAGAUUUAAUAACCUUAGCUCUGCAUAGAAUUUUAUUAUAAAGGAAAUUGAAAUUUUGGUUCCUAUGUUGAGCUGUUUCCUAAUUUAAUUGAAAAGAGGGACGGGAAGAAGGUUAUGGGUCAGAAUCAGAAAAUAUUAGAGCUGGAAGAACCCUAAGAAAUUUGAGUCUCAAAACUGAAAGGGGUUUUACAGAUAAUGGAAUGUCAGCACUAAAAGGAAUCUUUGAAUUUUGAAUGUCAGAGCUGGAAGUGGUCUUAGAGAUCAGAGGAUUUAGUCAAAGCCUUUCAUUUUACAUAGGAGGAAAGUAGAACCCCAAAAGCUAUUUCAGCUUACAACUAAAGUUGUCUGGCUUGUUAAGUCUCCUGACCCCCUGGCUUUGUAAAAAAUACAUAAUAAAAUGUUGAACUUAUCUAUAAAAGCACUUGUAGCUGUAGUGGCAGGAGUGAGGAAAGGGCCACACAAAAUCUUAACCUCAUCAAUGUACAGUUGGGGACUGUAGACGUUAUCUAGUCAUUUUGUAUUUUAUCAGAAAUUAAGUUACUUGGCCCAGGCUUAUAUAUAGAAAAUUGUAUCACUGGAAUAUGAUCUCAGGUCCUUUUCUCAGAGAGUAGUGUUGUAUUCUUUCUGCUGCACCAGGGUAAUUAAAUAGAAUUUGGAUGUUUGGAAAGCCUGUGAAGAGAUGCUUAUUUUGAUUGGCGCUAUAAUGAGAAAACAUUGAUUUAAAGCACUGGUCUACAGAAACAUAGUGCAGCAAGACAGGAAAACAAUAAAACAUUUACAUAAGAUGCUUUCUGACUCUUGAUUCCUUCAGCCUGGGUAUGAUUCCCCUUCCUUUGUGCCACCAAAGAAAUGUACUCUCUAUAAAAUGACCUUUUUGCAUAAGAACCUUGAAAUGAAGUUUAAACUUAAGGUCAGUGAGCAGGGCAGUAAGAAGGAAAAGCUGUUUACCCAGAUGUAUUGGCUUUCUUUUGGCCAGGGGCUAUGGGCUAGGGACCUCUAACUCCUCCUGAGAAAUGACUUAAGCACCACACUUAGAGUCAGGGGACCUGGGCUGCAGUCCCAACUCGACUACUAGACUUUUAAGAUGUCCUGGGGCAAAAUCAGUCCCUUCUUUGGGUCAAAAUACCAAAUGAAGGGGUUGCAAUGGAUGACCUAUAAGGUCCCUUAUAACUGAGGUGCUUUAAUCACUAACCCAAUCCCCAUUCUCACUGGGUCCUCAGAAGGUCAUUGUUUACUUCUCCCUUCGGAGUUCUGGAAGUAAUUCUUAUGGUUUAGAAUAUGUUUUUAAGUUUGAUCUUUAUUAUCAUAUUAAAUAUUCUUCCCUAUUGGUCAUUAUUAUAAGAGCACACUCACACAAAACCGAAACCCCAACUAAAAUCAUUAGAAUUAGAAGUAAUAUAUAUCUUACAAAUCCCCACUUGUAUCUUUCUUUCAUUGAUUAUCAGUUAAUUUCAAAUAGCCAGUGGGACUUGAUCAGCUUUUAGAAAUGAAUAUUUACUAAGGCAGCAUAAUAAGAAUAGUUGGCAUGAAACAGCCUUUCCCCCAACAAGGGGCAUGCUCUCUCACAAGCAUAUACAGAAUCGAGGAGAAAAUAGGCUUUGGCUUAAAAUAAAUGUGGCAAAAGAGGUAAUCCAGAGCUCCUGGAAGUUUUUUUUUUUUUUAUUGCAAAGUGCUUUUUUCUUCUUCAUUAGACCUCAAUAUUCCCCCAUAGUGCCUUUCUGCUGGUUUCUUAGUAGUCUUAAUGGGAAGUUCAAAAUCUUCUAUCCUUUCAAAGUUCACAAAGUCAUCCUCUAGUCAAAUUGGGGAGGGAACAAAGGAUCUCUACUCCCUACCCCCAAAGCAAGUCUUUUUUAGGGGCUUGACUGAAAUUUCAUCUACCACUGAGCUAGCCUGCAAGCAAAUCCCUAGAUUCCAAACUGGCUUGCUGUUUUGUCCAAGACCCACAGGGUAUGACUGAGUCUCUUCAGCCAGUCUCAAUGCACUUCAUCUGUAGCCUCAAUCAGUUUCCUCCAGUGCUCUGUACUCUUUCCUACUCUUGCCUUGAUUAAAGAUUUUUCUAAUUAAGUUUAACGUCUUUGAUCAUUUUCAUUGAAGUGGGCUCAAUGGAUUAAAAUAAUCAACAUAAGUAGGUGCAAUAUUCAUUGAUUUGAUUCUCACAAUUACAAAGAUGAGUAAAAUAAAGUAUCAUAAUAGCGAUUGUUAGCACCCUAUUGAUCGAACUAGAUGGAGUGUUAGAACUUGGUUCUCCCUGCAUUUGAAUGGAUAGCACUGAAGAUUUUUAGGUGGAACACUUUAGGGGCAUUUCUUUUCCCACUUCCUAUAUUAUUCUUUGAUUUGCUGGGUUGUUAGUUCAUUGAAUGAAUUUCUAGUCUCUUUCUGUUUCAAUAUUUUGGUAAUUGAUAAAAGCUGGUCAUUAAGGAGAAACCUGUUAGUUUAUCGUCCCAGUAGACUUUAUGCAGCUAUAUUGGACAGUGUUCCCUGUAGUGAGAACUCUGGACACUUUUCUGUUCCAGUCUUAUGGCACUGGACUUAGAUGAUGCUGCUUUGGAGAGAUGAGCACAUGCUUUGAAAUCUCUCAGGCUAAAGUAGAGCAAUGAGAAAUCUAGGAGGAUAGCAAAAAACAGAGCUUACUAUGUCAAGUUUGAAUAGAAAAUAAUUGAGUGAGCAUUCAAAGGACAGACUUGAUUAUUUAUUCUUUUUCUGUCUCUGUUCAUUUUGUUUUCAUAGAGUCAAACCACAAAUAAAUAGCAGUAGUCACGUUUUCUCUACCCAUAGAGUUGUGUCUUUAGUGAUAUCAAAACAGAGGAAAAUGGGGAACUGGAGCACAAUAUGAGCAUAAUCAAAUGUCCUCCCUUGUGCUGCCCUUUGUUCUCUUUUGUGGCAAAAGAAAGGACUUUGAGAGAUGAAUAAAAAAAAUGCUACAAAGAGCCAUUUCAGAUAUCUCUGGACUUUCAAAUUGGAUCAUCCUGGCAUUGUAGAUGCUUGUAAAGCCAGUAUAAAAGAAUUCUUUGUAUUAAAUGUAGUGUUUCAAUUUAGCAAACAUCUUAAGUACCUACUGUGUGCUAAAUCUGGGUAGUCAGAGACAAAAACACCCUCAACCAGCUAAUAUCCCACUAGAGGGAAAUAAUUCCAUACACAAAUAAUCAGAUAUUAGGAAAAUUGAGAUGUGAGAAAACACUAACACCAUGGGGAAGAGGGGUGGCAUUGCUAUCUGGGAGUGUUUCAUGGAUAAAAUGAUACAUGAAUUAAGACCUGAAGAGUUCUAAAAAGUAGAUAUUAAAGAUUAAAUACAUUUCAGACCUGGGAAGCAGUCUGCAAUUCCACAGAGGCAGGAUAUGGAAAUAUUAAGUUUAGGUUGUGGCCAGGAGAUUAGAUUGGCAAGAAUAGAGUGUGUAGAAAAUGAGGUAUAAUAAACCUGUAAGGUAGGCAGGAUCCUCAUUGGAAAGUACUUUAAGUUGUUGUGGUUUAUUCUGUAGACUAGAGAGGUUCACUAAAGAUGCUAGAUCAGAGGACUGACACUGAUAUAUACCUAAUGAGAAAUAAUUUAGCAGAUAAGUAGAAAAGAGAGAAAAGAAGUAGUAUAGGGAUAAAUCGGACCAUUUUGUAGUAACUCAGACAAAAGAAGAUGA